AUGCCAGCCUCCUCCUGGUUCCACAAGCUCAGGGGGAGGAGCACAAGGAAGGGCAGGCGAUCGGCCGCGUGUCCGCCGAGUCCGACCCGUGGCUCCUCCGCCGACGCAAUCGCAUUCGUCGCCGCCUCGGCGGAGUGGACGGACCAACAGACAAGCCAGCAGGGCCGGCCACCCGCGCGCCCACCGGCGGCGUGCGCCGGCUACUCUCCCAACAGAGCCUCCUACUACUUUCCGAGCGCGGACCGGGGAGCGCUCCGGUGCAUUGCCCCGCGCGCCGCCGACGACGACGACGGCGCGGCCUUGGACGUCCGUGUCGACGUCAUCCAUCGCCGCGCCGGCAGACUCGGCGGGAUAGACGCGCCUCCAGCGACGCCGGAGCUCAACCUUCGGCGCAUCGUCACCAGGCCCGCCGCCAAGAACGACCCCGCGGAAAGCGUCGCCGUUAGCAGCAGCACCGGCACCCCCACCUCGGCCGCCACGACGCCGUCCACCUGCAGGGCGCGGGGGUUCCACGUGAAGCCGGCCGGCAGGCGGCGGCGCCGCGGCCACGACGACAAAAGUGCCCGGAAGGAAAAAGCAGCCGAGGACGCGGGCAGCAGGAGACGGCGGUGGCUGUACGAGAGCCUGGUGGUGGUGAAGACGUCGUCGGACCCGGAGAGGGAGAUGGCGGAGAGCAUGGCGGAGAUGAUGGCGGCCAACCGCAUACGGUCAUCGGAGGACCUCGAGGAGCUGCUGGCGUGCUACCUCGCUCUCAACGCGGCCGAGCACCACCGCGCCGUCGUUGCCGCGUUCCGCCGCGUCUGGCUUCACAUCGCCGGCCAAAGAAUACGCCACUAG